AUGUUCAGAACUGUCGUUGCUCGUUCUGUGAGAACCUUCUCGGUGACCCCCGCCAGAGCCAACUUGGUGUCGGACUUGUACAUCCAAAACAUCAAGGCGUUCAAGCCCACUCCCUUGUCGCAAUCGGAAAUUGAAUCGUCGGUGCACAAGUUCACUCCCCCCGCCCCCGCCCAAGUGCCUCAAGACGACAUCUCCACCCAGGACUUGACCCUGUACGAAGCCGCCCCCGUCGAAACUCAAGAAGUCGACUCCACCGGCGCUGCUGCCCCUCAAGCCGAGGACUGGUUCGUGUUUGAAAACGACGAAGAAGCUCACUAA